CACAGUGCUAACUUUUUCUACCAAUUUGCAACUCCAGAGCUCAGAAGAGAUGGGUUUCUUCAGCGAGUACGGGGACGCCAGCAGGUACAAGAUCCAGGAGAUUAUCGGCAAAGGGAGCUACGGGGUGGUAUGCUCGGCCAUCGACCAGCACACCGGCGACAAGGUGGCCAUCAAGAAGAUAUCCAACAUCUUCGAGCACCUGUUGGACGCCGCCAGGAUCCUCCACGAGAUCAAGCUUUUCCGGCUCCUCAGGCACCCCGACAUCGUCCAGAUCAAGCACAUCAUGCUGCCUCCGUCCAGGAGGGACUUCAACGAUAUCUAUGUGGUUUUCGAGCUCAUGGAUACGGACCUCCACCAGGUCAUUCAAGGCUAAUGAUGACUUGACAAAGGAGCACUACCAGUUCUUUAUCUAUCAGAUCCUUCGUGCCUUGAAAUAUAUCU